AUGGCACCAUUCAACCACAGGGCCAUAGCUCCACAGUACCAUAGUUCAGUAGAAGUACCAGAACAUCUCACUACCAGGUACCAAGUAACUGCAGCACCACACAACAGAACACAAUCUACCACAGUCACGGUACCACACAAGCGCACUACCACCUACCACACAGUUUCACACUCAACCAAACAACCACAUUCUCACACAAACACAUUCCCACACAACCACAUUCCCACACAAUUACAUUUCCACACAACCGCACUCCCACACAACCACACUCCCACACAACCACACUCCCACACAACUACAUUCCCACACAACCACUCAACCAAGCCGAGCGCCCCGACACCCCGGUGCAGAGGGCCACAGCUGGGCGAUAUCAAGAAAUAG